AUAAAACUUUACAAAGAAGAAGAAGUCUGUCCAAUCAGAUUUCUUGAUCAUAAUGUGGUCCAAAUCGUCCGUACAGGAAGCAGGUGACGCAUUACAGAGCAACUGGUUGCCGCUGUUUUUCCUGUGCAAACCCAGUCCCAGUAUGAGGCAUGGAGGGUCAAAAUAUAACCAAAGUGGUCCUGCUGGCCUGCGGGUCCUUCAACCCCAUCACCAACAUGCACCUGAGGAUGUUUGAACUGGCUCGAGAUUAUCUGGAAGACACAGGUCAGUACAGAGUGGUGAAAGGCAUCAUCUCUCCAGUGGGUGAUGGCUAUAAGAAGAAGGGAUUGAUUGAGGCCUGCCACCGUCUGGAGAUGACCAGAUUGGCCACAGAGAACUCAGACUGGAUCACAGUAGAUUCCUGGGAGAGCUUGCAGCCGGAGUGGGUGGAAACAGCUAAAGUUGUUCGGCAUCACUAUCAUGAAGUGCUCGCAGCAGAGCAGAACAACGAUGAUGUGGACACAGUCAAGUACGCAAAAAAGAGACGUAUAGAGGAGAAUUAUUUUGAGCGUUCAUCUCAUCACAAAAGGAGAGACGGCCUGCAGCUAAUGUUGCUGUGUGGGUCUGAUGUCCUGGAGUCCUUUGGGAUCCCCAAUAUGUGGAAGCAGGAGGAUAUCGCUGAGAUUGUGGGCCACGGUUUGGUUUGCGUCACCCGCAGCGGCAAUGACCCCCACAAGUUCAUCCACCAAUCAGACAUGCUGUGGGAGUAUCGCAAGAACAUCCACGUGGUCCACGAAUGGGUGACCAAUGAGAUCUCAGCCACUCACGUGCGCCGGGCACUGCGUCGAGGUCGGAGCGUCAGGUACCUGCUGCCAGACGUUGUGGUUCGUUACAUACAAGAGUCCAACCUCUACAGUGCUGAGAGCGAGAAGAAAAAUGCAGAUGUGGUUCUAGCACCCCUUCAGAGAUACACGGGUGCCUCCUCAAGCUGAGGAAGUUUACUGCUGCAGCUGCAAACAAACAGCUGUCAACACUAAGUGCUGUGGGUUUACUGUGACGGACACAAUUCAGAUAUUUAUUUAUUUAAGCUUCCACCAGUACCUACUAUACAGAAUAGUCUUUUCUAAUAAUGAGUGUUUUUAGUAGUAUCAGUUAAACUGGCUGGGAGGUCAUUUAAAUAGAUAAUAAAUCUGGUGUGUGGUUAUUGAACUAGGGAUUCACAAUUUUGUGUGAAAUAGUCAGAAUACAGUAUGUUUGGUAUUGCAUGAAAUAUGAUAAGGAACAAAUUUUUACUUUUUACAUGCUUUAACACUUUUUUUCCCCACUUGCUACAGUAUACCCGUCUGAACUCAUCACAUUUUGUGUACCGAGAGCAGGAAUUCUAUCCAUGCAUUCCCUCAGACAAAAGCAGGCAAUAUGCCUUAAACAAGUUUACGUUGAUUUUAGAUAUGAAACUGAAGGUGUGAUUUGUAUUUACUGGAAAUGAAAUAAACAACCCUCUUUGUUUUCCACCA